AGCGAUUGCCUCGCCCGGGGAAGAGCUCGCUGAGGUGCAGGACAGGUCGCCCCGCGUUUCGCCUUUUGGAGACAGAGAGCCAAAAUGCCACAAGCAAGAAUGCGCAUGAGACCCUGGCUGGAGAUGCAGAUUAAUUCUAAUAAGAUUCCAGGACUUCUGUGGGUCAGCAAGGAAGAGCAGGUGUUCCAGAUCCCAUGGAAACAUGCAGCUAAGCAUGGCUGGGAACUUGAAAAAGAUGCAUGCCUUUUCAAAAACUGGGCCAUUCACACAGGAAGAUAUAAAGAGGGUGAAAUACAGCCUGACCCAAAAACUUGGAAGGCGAAUUUCCGCUGUGCUAUGAAUUCACUACCUGAUAUUGAAGAGGUGAAAGACAAAAGCAUUAGCAAAGGUUCUAGUGCAGUCCGAGUCUACAGGAUGCUGCCAACUUCAGCAAAGUCACAGAAGAAAGAAAAGAAGACAAAGGCCUCAAAAGUCAAGAAUGGGAGAAAGUCUGUGGAAGAUACCAAGGUAGAGGAGACAGUUGAAGCAACAAACAGCAUUCUGCUACCGGAUGACCACAGAGGUUAUUCUCGUCCCAGUUAUCAACCAGAGGAAAUGGAGGUGGAGAGCAGCUCCAUACCAUUCGAUUCUGAUGAACUCUCCACAUGUGGCUUAAGCAGUACCCUGGCUGACUGGAGACAGCUGCCUGACAGCACAAAUGACAUGUACCCAUUUCAAGUGUCGCCUCUCACUUCCUGCUCUGAUGCAACAGAUGAAGAUGACGAAAAAUUAACCAUCUUUUACCAGCUAUUUAGCACCUCUGACUGGCAACAAACCUGUGUGGGCGGGAAAGGCUACCUCAGCAAUGAGAGCGGCACACUAAAUAACUGCUUUGACACUGGCUUGCAGGAGCAAGAUGCAGUCAAUGAUACAACAAACUCAGAAACUAGUCAAAUUGAUGUGAGAACUGGUCUGGACUUCUGUAUCUUGGAGUCACUACGGGCGACAGCUUUGCACCCCAUAUCUUGUUUGUAGCAUGUAAAUUCCCCUUUUUUCACUGUGAAGGUGGCACUGUUUUUCCUCUUUGAUGUCUCCUGCAAAAUGGAAGCGUUGUUCUGGAUGUUUGAAGCGGAGAAGUUCCUAGCUGACAGAAUGUCAUCCGAAUUUCAAAACAAAAUAUCUCUAGCAGAACUGUGUGCUCUUCAGCUGCUUGACUACGUCAUUGGCAAAUUCAGUCAUCUAUGCUACUUCCCCCCACUCUCAAAUGAUUCACACAUCACCAUGAACAAAGAAAAAAGGUGUUUUGUGCCUGCAACACGUGGACAUACGUUUUCAUCAUAACCACAGUGUACAGUUGUUACUGCCUGUGUGUAAAAGCAGUUACUGAGUUAAUGACAGUUCAGUUCUAUGUUUUUACAUUCAACUAAAUGUUUCCAUAGGCCCCCCCCCCCCCCCCCCCAAGUCUGAUUUCCAUAGUAUAUCUCAGCUACAGUUCAGGUCCCCAGUUUUGUACAUAGGUUUAGCUCAUUCAAGAAUGCAAAUCAGAUACCAACUUUGCUUUCAUAUAUUAGGUAGUCAGGACAUUUAUUCAUAGGACAGGCUUCUGGUUUCAUUAUAAAUGACUUUUUCCAUGUAAAUGUCAUACCAGUUUUUCAGUUAGGUAAUGGAUUUGAAGUUCUUUUCAUGCUGAAUGGUGUGACUGACACUUCAUCACACCACUAAUAAGAGCCAUCUUCCUAGAUUGUGUUGCGAGUCCAUAACAUUCCUCGCGGUAUGUAUUCAUUUCGCUGCAGGUAAUAGACUUACUGAACCAGUUGCAACAUUGACAUGUGAGAUGAGGGAAGGAGCUGGCUUUGGCAAAACAUCAGUUUGCAAGGCUGCAACCCUGCUUUUCUUUUCCUUGUACAUACAUUUUUGUAUAUAGAAGUAA